AUGAUAUUAUUGAAGAAUGAUGAGUUUGCCAUUUCCGUUAAUAAGUUUGGUACUGCUAAGCCCACUAAUGAUAGGGGUGGUUAUUCUCAAAGGAUUUUAAGCGUUGUUGGUAGGAAAGGUAAUUACAAUCCGGAGAAGCAAGGCAAUGAAACUCGUAAGAGGAAAGCUUUGAACAGAGUUCAAUCGUUUAGUGGGCAGAGAGAGGGAACUUCAGUCUUACAUGCUUGGAAAGAAAAGUUUAAAGAGAAACAGAAGAUGCAUUUAGAAUCUCCCUUGCCACAAAGGAAGAAGAGACGGGUUGAUUACAAGUUGGGUUUAGAAUACUUAACCCAGAAAUUCAAUUGCACGUUUAGAAAAGAAUCAACUCAAGAUCAAGACGAUUGGAAUAAUGAUGACACAGAACAUGAUGAGAAUGAAACUGAUGAAGACUACAUUAUGCCAUUGACUUUGUAUACUUCAGAAUUUUUGGACUCAUCUUCGUUAUUGGAGGAUGAUAUUGAAUUGAAGACUACUGCAGGCUGUCAUUGGUUUAUAUCUGAUUAUUCAGCUAUGGAAAUAGACUCUGAGCUGAGUACUGGCAGAAAUGAUGAAUUUUCAACAAACCAAUUGGCAUCCCAGUCUCAAACGAUUACUUCAGUUGACUCAUCAAAACCUGCAGACCUUCCGCAUGAGGAAACACAAAUGUCUCCGUUUCUGGAGGAGGAGAACUUUGCUCCUAAAGUAGAUGAACCUAACAUGAAGGGUUUGAAUCAGACAGCCAGCUCAACGGGGAAGAAUAGUAUCAUUGAAUCAUACUCUGUUCCUACCUUCAAUCCUGCAAAAGAAGAACCACAAAUAUUACCGUUGACGAUUAACGAUCCAGAAUUUUUUGACAGUCUAAAGAUGACCAAGGAUAAAGAAAAUAAAAAUGUCAGCACAUUGUCCAUUCGUUCUCCUUCAAAUCAUGCAAACGUUCAUCCUCAAGGAUCAAUUAAGUUUCAUGGUAGCGCCAGAUUGAUCAUCUACAGCAAAAACGAACGUCCCAAAAGAAACAUUCAAAGUCAGAAUAACUCUACUAUAAUCUCAAUGCCCAAUUCUACAACUUCACCCAAAUCAAUACUUAAAAACUCAAUCAACGAAUAUGCUCAGGCGGAGAAUGUGAGAGCGCAUCAUUGUGAUCAAGUUCAUGUUGAUGAAUUCAUCAAGCUUUUUGAGACUCAUGAACAAAACAGGAUUAACUCUGAACCAUUCUUAUCCCAAAUACGUCAGAACCAAGUUCAGUCUUACUACUAUAACAUAUCAUAG